UGUAUUCACAUGCAAAGUGGAGCCAUUAGAGUCAUCUUCGGGAGAGAGAGAAAGAGAGAGGGGUGAAGAUAAAACGAGGAAGAGGAUAUAUAGAACGAGAGAGAGAGAGAGAGAGAGAGGGAGAGGUCAGCAUCUGACAGCACCCUUCACCACCGCCACGCCAGGCCUAACAAGGAGCGUUACAACCCGCUAUAGCCCGCCCGGAAUUAUUGAGAGAGAAAAAAGGAAGAAGGGUAGAGAGAGAAAGAGAGAGAGAGAGAGAGAGGGAGAGAUAGCCACCUCUCGCGUGCUCGGCUGCAGUGGUUGUUCCCCCGCCCAUCCUCUCUCUUUGUUGGGGAGGGCUCCAAGUCCAGUUUGUGCAUGAGAAGCGGAGGAAGGAAGAAGGGAAAGAGAGGCUGCUGCUCGUCACUGUCUUUGUGUCCCCUUUCCUGUCUCUUCUUCUUCUUCUCUUCUAGGUUUCUCUCUCUCUCUUUCUCUUCUCUGUGGCACUGUUUCAGCUGGGUCUAAUCUAACCUUCUUCACUUUCCCAAUACUGCCUGUUCCUCUCCCUAUCCCUCAAAAGAUGCAUAAGCCCUAAAUCCCUCGAAAUAAACCAACCUACCCAUCAUUUUGGACGCUCUUCUCUAGGCCCGGCUCCUUCUUUCCUAACUUUUUUCUCUCUCAUCUUUCUUCUCCUUCUUUUUUUGUUUUUUUCAUUUUCGUAUUUUUCCAGAUGUGGUGCCUUGAUUUAUCUUGGUACGUGUACUCCUGUGUCUGAAUCUCUGCUAAAUCUCCGCCAGAUUUAGACCUCUCUCUCUUUGUCUGAGAAUUGUUUUAGGAAUCUGCACAAGGUGUUUGUCUUGCUGAUCUGCGGCUGUGGCUUUGGUCUGUGGAAAGUGAAUAUUGCGGUGCGGUGAUGGUGAUGGAGAACAAGGUCGUGUAGCUUUGGGUUGAUCAGACAGAUAGUACAAGCAAAGUCGUUUGCUCCAUCAGAGAGGCCAGAGGGAGUUGGAGAAUUCUAGGAAUUCUGGGGUUGGUAUUAUCUCUUCCACACUGCAUGCAAGCGAAGACAACAGAAAAGCCAACUGCGCCUAACCCUUAACUAAAAGGAACUCUUGAAGAAGGAAAAAAAAAAAAAGGAUGCAGGAUAGAGGAGGAGGGGGAGGAUUAAAUCUGAAACCCCCAGAUGAGAUGUUGGGGAGCCUCCAAGAUCGAAGGGUGAAGCCCCAAGCUGAGCAACCCCAGAAAUGCCCCAGAUGUGACUCUCUAAACACCAAGUUCUGCUACUACAACAAUUACAGCCUCUCUCAGCCGAGGUACUUCUGCAAGACGUGCAGAAGGUACUGGACCAAGGGAGGGACUCUGAGGAAUGUCCCUGUUGGUGGGGGUUGCAGGAAGGGAGGGAAGCGCCCCAAAAGAGCCAUCUCUGACACCCCUACUCCUCCAAUCCACCCAGUCGGCGGCGAUCCCAACUUUCCCAUCCCGAGCUUUGGUGCAAUUAGACCCCAAUUCUUGAUGGACCCUUCGUCCACGGGUGCCGCUGAUCUGAAGAUCUCCACCGGCUUGCCCUCCUUACCCAGCUUGGCAGCACUCCCGCAGUUCAGCCAUGGUCUGACCUUAGGCGAAUACAGCUCCAUCUUCGGCCCCCGCCACACGCCAAUGAUUCCGCAUCCACCGCCGCAUAUGCUGUCCCAGCAACCGCCGCCGUCGCUGCCCACAUCAGAAGGAUUCAUGAAUGGUGCUGAACAUUGGAGAAUUGGUGAUGCUGCUGCUGCUGCUGGUGGUGGUUCACACGGUUCCUCCAUGGGCAAAGAUGGGUUGCUCCACUUGCUGCCGCCUUUCGCGUCGAUGGCGUCCUCGUCCGGCACCGGAAACCUGACGGGAAGCAAUGUGGCUUCUGUCCUGAAAUCUGAGCCGCAGGCGGCGUAUGAGGGCAGCACCACAGCUUCAGGUGGUGGUGUUGGCUACUGGAAUACUAAUGGGUCUUCCUCUGUAGGUGGGCAAUGGCCAGAUUUUUCGGGAUCGUCUUCUCCAAAUUGCCAUCAGCUGCAGCUUUUGAUGUAGCAAUAAGAAAGAACUACAGUGAUAGGGCGAUAAUCAAUCGGGAGAGGUGGAAGUUUUAUGAUAUAUGGUUACUUUCCUUUUUAUGAGGUUGGAUUCAUGUCAUGUAAAUACUCAAGAUAGGAGUGUGAAAGAAUAACACACUGCGGACAUUUACUAAAUUCUUUCUGCUUUUUGCUGUUCUUGUUUUCAUUUUCUUUUUGUUCUCAUAUAUAAACAUGUGUAGUCGAGAUCAUGUUAUUCCA